UUUACGUUAUAAACAAACAUCAUGGUGGACGAAGCCACGAAGCGAACUCUUGCACAGAUUCCUCUUCUGAAAACUAAAGCUGGACCUAGAGAUGGAGAACUCUGGGUUCAAAGACUCAAGGAAGAAUACCAGUCCCUUAUACAGUAUGUUCAGAACAACAAGGAAGCAGACAAUGACUGGUUUAGAUUGGAGUCUAAUAAGGAGGGUACCAGAUGGUUUGGAAAGUGUUGGUAUAUACAUGAAUUACUCAAGUAUGAAUUUGAACUAGAAUUUGAUGUUCCAGUUAUGUAUCCCACCACAGCACCAGAAUUAGCAAUCCCAGAAUUAGAUGGUAAAACAGCUAAAAUGUAUAGAGGUGGAAAGAUUUGUUUAACAGAUCAUUUUAAACCAUUAUGGGCUAGAAAUGUACCAAGAUUUGGAAUAGCACAUGCCAUGGCAUUAGGGCUUGGACCAUGGCUAGCUGUAGAAGUACCAGACUUAAUACAGAAAGGAAUAAUUAGUCACAAGGACAAUUCAACAAAAAGUGCUGCUUCCUGAUAUUUGUGAUUGUAGUAGCAUACACAUUUUAGAUAUUUAUGUUAUAGUAAUACACAAGAUUCCAGUCAUUUCUCAUAUUUUAUAUUGUUGUUUGUUAAUUUAAACAACAUCAAAAGUUAUGAAAACUAGUUUGUUUGCCUAUUAAGUUUGGAAACUUUAAAUUGAAUUAGGUAACUUUUGGAAUGUAUAAAUAUUGUUUUGUUCUAUUUUUUUAUAAAUUUUGUACAUGUAGGAAAAAUGAAUUGAGCAUGCACUAUUUAAAGAUGCUUUUAUUCUAAUUUGCCAGUUUUUGCUAUUAGAAAAUUGUUGGUUUAUGUUUUAAUGAAUUUUUGGUUUCAAUCAUUGCACAGAUCAAUACUUUGUAAACGGUAUCACUUCAAUCAUUGCACAGAUCAAUACAGUGUAAAUGGUAUACCUUUUUGAGAAUUUAAUCUUGUGGAUUAUGAGCAACAAUACUGAAAUCUAAUUAUUAGGGUUGAUUUUUAUGCUAAAUAUCUUCACUAGUGCAGAUAUAAGUAUUGGAUCAUUCUAAGUGAAAUUGAUUGGAAUCUUGUUCUGGAAAGUGCAAUGAAUUAUCUCAUGGAAUAUGGUAGUGUUUAUAUGAUCUGAUAUCAGUGGAACAGAGGGAAAAUAUAUAAUUUUGAAAUUUUCUGUUUCUUGAAAACAUCAUAAAACUGGAGCUUGCACAAGAUUUGUAACAAGUUAAACAGUAAUAAGUGAUUUUAUUGAUGCUAUACAAGGUUCAAAUGUGAUAGAUCUUAUUCAAAUGUCUGGUAAUUUUCUAAUCAUCAUGUACUGUAAAGUUAAAAUUAUGGAUGUUAAAUGAAAUUUUAUACCUGAUAAAACCAUUUUAUUAGGAUUGACAGUUAUGUGCGAUUUUUUUAUUUUCAUAUUAUUUAAAUAAGUAGUAAAAUUGUUACAGAUAACUGUUGAAUAUUGUUUAAAAUGUGCAACAUUGAUACCAAUUGGAAAGAAAUGUGUAAGAUUAUUUUUAAUUAUAGUAAAUCUUUCUAUAAUAGGAGUAUGAUUGUUACAAAUGACUGUUUUUUUAAAUAUUUUAAAUGCACAAACUUGUAAUGCCAAUUUGAAAAUAGGUUGGGAUAUGUUUAUUGUAUUUCUUUAUGCUAUCCAUCACUUCAAUAAACAAUGACAAGAUGUAAGUAAUACUUCAAUCAUAAAUAGGAAUUUUGCUGCAUUUCUGACAUAUCUCAUCAAAAAGUAGUGUGAUUUGUGCAAUUCUCUUAGAGGUAUUUAGAAUUGAAGCACAUGUUAGUAUUUGCCUAUAAAAAGAAACAUGACAGUUAACACUACAGUAUGAGUGCCACGUUUUUUCUUUUGCCUUCUGAAAGUUGCUUUGUUCAACAAAGUAAGAAUAUUAUUAAUAUUUAUAAUUUCAACUAGAAUAUUCAGGUAAGAUAACUAUAAAGAUAAAAGAUCUAAUUGUUCAUACAGAAGAAAAAUCUAGACAUUCUAAAAUAUUAUGUCAAUAUUUGUUAUGAAGUCUUUCAUGAGUGAAAAAUAAGUUUUUAUUUAUUAUAAUGGUGCAAAAUUCUUAACAAAUUAUUCUAUUGCAAAUAAACUAAUGAUAAAUUU